UGGCAUGAGAAUGGUGCAUUGAUUUUGACAGAAUACGAAGAACUUCUUUUAUGAUGUAGUUCAUCAUGCAAUUGAUCUCGUGACUUUGUGCUCUUUCAUGUUUGCAAACUGGUUUGGAUCACUGAUUUUUAGGUAUCUUUGCCACUUGGUAACCCAGUACAUCUCCAGUCAGUUGCAUUCCUCGGCAAUGCCACAGCUGUCUUUUGUUGGUGAUCAACUUUUCUCCUUUGAUCUGUCAGAUGCACGCAUUCAGAAGCAGGAUUUGAGAUAGACAAUUGAAGACUUGUAGAACUGUAGAACAUUGGUAUGGUAGCCGACCCUUGACUGUGUUGUGUCCAGAUUUUUUUGGUUCAAAACUCAGGGGUCCUCGUGCUUCGGGAGGCCCCUCUGCCACCAUGGCACGAAGGGCGCCAGUGCUGCUGUCUGUGGCCAUCUUGGCCUUUGGACUGCUGGCCUUGAACCAGGCCUUUGUCGCAGGCCCCAAUCAGCCAGCUUUGCGCGGUCAGGAGGCUGCUGUAGCAGGUGCAGUGCUUGCCGCGCUGCCUGCUGCUCCAGCAUUGGCAACUGACCAGUACACGGACAGCUUCAGCAAGGUUGAUGCGAUCGUGAUCUUUGUCCCCAUCGUCGUUGUGUGGAUCGCAUUCUUGGAGUGGGAUUCCAAGCAGCCUUCUGCUGAUGACGUCACUGGCUAUGGCUACCUUGGGAAGACCAUUGAUGGGCCUACCGAGGACAAGCCUGCCUACUUCCGCCGCAGCCCUGAGAACGGCUAGAUGGUGGGUCUGGCAGCUCUUUUAACUUGACUGAUGAAAAGCGCGUUGCUUCAAUCCAGUCAAAAGAUGUCAAAAGGCUGUUUUGGCAUGAGAAUGGUGCAUUGAUUUUGACAGAAUACGAAGAACUUCUUUUAUGAUGUAGUUCAUCAUGCAAUUGAUCUCGUGACUUUGUGCUCUUUCAUGUUUGCAAACUGGUUUGGAUCACUGAUCUUUAGGUAUCUUUGCCACUCGGUAACCCAGUACAUCUCCAGUCAGUUGCAUUCCUCGGCAAUGCCACAGCUGUCUUUUGUUGGUGGUCAACUUUUCUCCUUUGAUCUGUCAGAUGCACGCAUUCAGAAGCAGGAUUUGAGAUAGACAAUUGAAGACUUGUAGAACUGUAGAACAUUGGUAUGGUAGCCGACCCUUGACUGUGUUGUGUCCAGAUUUUUUUGGUUCAAAACUCAGGGGUCCUCGUGCUUCGGGAGGCCCC